AUCGUCGCCUUCGUCACUCGCACCAUCCACUGACUCAAAAGACUGGAAAAUGGCGAAAAAGAAGAACAAGGCGGUUCUCCGGCCUUGGUGCUGGUAUUGUGAGCGCGAGUUCGAGGAUGAGAAAGUUCUAAUGCAACACCAGAAGGCCAAGCACUUCAAAUGUAGUAUGUGCCCACGUCGUCUGAACACAGCCGGUGGCUUGGCCGUGCACAUCCAGCAGGUCCACAAGCUCGAGCCCGACCAGCUUCCCCGAAUUGAGAACGCGCUGCCCGGCCGCGAUGGCUACGAAGUCGAGAUCUUCGGUAUGGAGGGCAUCCCCGCCCCCGACGUCGCUGAUUACAAACGCCGGAAGGAGAUCGAGCUCGGCCUCGCCAUCGGCUCCAUAUCCCAGCCCCCAGCGAAAAAGCCAAAGAUCGAGAACCGGCCGCUGUCCGAGGACGAGCUCAAGGCGCAGCUGGAGGCGCACAAGGCACUCAUGGGCGCCAGCGAAGGCACGUCCGCGCCCCCACCCGCUGACGCGUCCGCCGCCACGGCUGUGUACAACGCCGCCCCGCAGACGUAUGCGACGCCCCCAGUGCCGGCGGCCCCGCCAGUGCCACCGCCAAUGGGCAUGUCGCCGCCGCCUGGCAUGUCCCCUCCUCCUUUCUAUCCAGGCGCCCCUCCACCCGGCUUCCCUGGAGCCCCUCCGUUCAUGGCUCCGCCCCCCGGCGGUCCCGGAUUCCCCCCAGGCCCACCGCCACCAGGUUGGUCCCCGCCGCCCGGCUUCCCGGGGCCGCCGCCUCCCGGUAUGCUCCCCCCAGGUGCGCCGCCCUUCCCAGCAGGUGUUCGCCCGCCGUUCCCCCCUCCCCCAGCUUUUGUCCCGCCUGGUGCUCCCAUGCCCUUCAGCCCGCCGCACCCCGGCGCCGCCUCCCCUCCCCGCAUCCCUGCUCCCACCGCUGUCCUUCCUGGAGCCCCCGGUGUGCUCAAUAUGCCGCCUGGCGGGUCGCCAGCCCCGCCGCCUCCGCCCUCGGCGUCGCCGUUCACACCUGGGAACGCCCAUGCGUCCAAUGCGCCGCCCGCAGAGCUUAAGCUGCCUAACCCAGCCCUUGCACAGACAAACCCUCCGUUUAAGAAGCCGACUGUGCUCAAGUACGCUGAUCCUAACUUCUCACCCGAUGAGAAGCGUGCUGUGCACCCCAAAUAUCGGUACGUGCCGGAUGGGUCGGAGAACGCCGCCGAUGGGAACUCGGUGCCGGAGGAGGCCCGAGGCAAGAAGCGUGCCAGGGCAGAAGACUUCUUGUAACCGUUUCCUUAUCUAUUCCGCGCUCUGAUGGGGUCGUAGGCAGGGGCGUGGAGCGUCGGAGGUGAAGGGUGUAGAGGACAUUCCAGGGAGACUACCAGUCCGUCCCUCUAUCUCUGCUAGCGUUCGCGCGUUCCGCUGCUUAUUUCUCUCACCCCCCAAGCUCUAUGCUACUAUGCCCUUUAUGCGUACGGUACGAGGACUUCUUCUGUCUCUGCUCCUAUUGUAAAUGUACGUACGGUCGGUCUUUUCUUUGUUAUUUACUGCUCGCGAGCAAAGGUCGGUCGUGAAAUGCAUCAUGUCAUAUUGCGUCUCGUUGC